GUCCCUUUGAAAUAUCGACUUAUUUCACUGUACUAAACAUCCACUUGGUACAAGGUUGGGUAAUUGUAUUUUUAGUAAUUCUUUAAACGUUAUAUUUGAAUAUUGCAGUCACAUCAGGAUCACAAGCAUGUAUUUAUACCCAAGGCAGUAGCAUUAUCUGACAAAACGUGACGUUAAUUCAGUGUCACAGUAAACUGUGUUUAAAAAAAGUAGGUCACGAGCGUUGUCCGACCACUGCCGUUCAGUGAUAGGCGCGGUAGGUACAACAGUGCUUGUAAACUAGGGGUGACGAAACGCCACGUAAAAACGGAAUUGUCCCGUUUUUCACGAUCGUACCCGGUGUCCCGAAAAAGUAUCCCGGGACGCUUAAAUGUACCGUUUCUAAAACCAAACUCAUUUUCAAAUCACUAAAACUUCCUAAUUUAUAAUAUAACUUCAAGUAAUAUUUUGGCCAGCUGUGUAGCCAGUGCCAGUAGUGAUGUGGGCUCGCGUGAUGGCUGCACUGUUCCCACUCCACCAAUCUGCGAAAUGCUCUUGCAAAAAGAGGAAAAGCAGCUAUUCUUAGACUUUUUCAACACAACCUGGUCAACAGGCGUCAUGGAAAAGGAGUGAGAACAAGCAGUGAUUGUCCCUAUCCCCAAGUAAGGCGAAUUUCCUUAGAGCUACCAGCCCAUAUCCCCCACAUCGUGUUUGGGGAAAGUAGCUGGACGAAUAAUCAAGACGCGAAUAUAUUGAUUCUAGGAAAGAAAAAAGACCAUUCCCAUAAACCAUUCCCAUACGGCUUCCACAACCGCAGGUGGUCAAUGGACCAGAUAAUUAAUUUGAUCAAAAGUACAACCAAUGAACUUCAGAUGAAACACGAUGCUGGAGCAGCUUUCUUUGACACCUAAUAAGCUUACGAUUAAGUUUGGAUCUACUGUGUAACAGCCAAUAUGCAUAAAUGGAUACAUUCCUGUCUAUCAAAUAAUUGCAUGAUGCCCAACCGUUUUGGGCACAACGCAUUGAACAAUAUUUGCACUUGAGGACGGACUCCCCAGGGUCGGCCUUUAUCUGCAUCCUGUUCCUAUAGCAUACGUGUAUUGACUAAUUAAUUAAUCCGAUUUAAGAUAUUUAUAGCUUCCCGUCAGUUCCGACAGUUAGUGAUAUCUUCAAUCGGCGUUGAAUCAUUGUCAAAUCAGUGUUUGUAUAGGGCCAACUCAUUUCUAACGCAUCAUCCUUGAACUUUUAAUAAAUUGGAUUGGUUACAUGUGUGGAAAAGUGACGUGUGACCGGUUAUACUUUUAUGAACUUUAGUGAGACCGAGCGGAAUGUGCCUGUAAAUAUGCAAUUUUUCAUUUUGGUGUCACCCCUUAAAGGCUGUUACACCGUGCGGUCCAAAGCCCCCGCACCAACCUAGCUAUGCCACUGCAACAAGUAAAAAAAGUAACAUUAUAGUCUACAUCUUCAGUAGGUUUAUUUUUACCAGCUUCUUAUAAUAUAGCCCAUAUGAAAUGAGUGCCUUUGAUAGAGCUGCUCAUAAAACUUAAAUCAUUAAAGAACUUCGAGGCUUUUGAUCCUCAAUCGUGUAGGACACAUGGACGAAAUGAAAGAAAUAAAGUAGUCAUUAUUCUGACCAACCACCAGUGGGCAAUGGCUAUAAUAACUAACAUAAUUUAACAAGCUGUUAAAUCCGCCAUUUAGCGUUAUCAUCAACUUCAAGGCAGUGAUGCUCAUCCCGUUAAAUAAUAAAUUAUUUUCUUAAUAUGAAGUUAAAGAAAUGUACAAAUUACACAUAGUUGAUUAACGUACAUGCCCACAUAGGUUUUUUAAAGUAAAUUCAUUGAAAGGAAAAAAAAAAGAGUUUGAUGUUUUUCCCCCGUCCCAAGCAAUAACCAUUUAAAAAAAAAAUUAUUUUGAAAUCCUUUAAUAGAAUUUAAUAGGAAUGUUUUGUCACUUUUAGAUUACGUACAGUACUUAUGCUAAAUCAUUUCGUGAUUUUUCUUGGAUAUUAUGUGGGUAAACAAGGGUAUUUUUUUCUUUCAUAUUUGUGUAUUAAAAUGUGAAUUUAACUCAGCCAGGUAUGACUAUGUUUGAGUGGUGAUUGAAAUUUUUCUUAUGAAAAUGUUGGUUUUUUUUGGUUUUUUUUUUUGAGCGAAAUUAUGAACAUCAUUUUUUUUUAAUUGUUAAUUUUUUGCUCAAAGAGUAACUUAAUAAUUUUAUAGGUGUAUUUUGAUAGAGAAAAAAAAAACCAAACAUUUACACAAAACCUAAAAAACAACCAGCAUAAAAAUGUUCAUUUAGUUCCAGUACAUUCAUUGUCAUUAUUGUUAUGUUUAAUGAAAUUUGCUGUAAUAUUUUUGUCCAAGUCAAUAAAUGUUAGUUAAAAUAAAUUAUUUCAGAUAAUUAAACAUUAAUUUCAAUUGUUUCUGGUUCGUAAAUAUAGCAUUUUUAUCUCUAGAAAAUGCUACUACAUAUAUGCAUACUUCGAUAAUGUACGUGUUUUGGAUUGUGUGUAUGCGUCUUUGUGUGUGUGUGUCUGUGUAUAUGUGUGUAAUUGAUGUCCGUUUGUAAGUGUUUCAAUUUUUAUGUGUUUGUGUAUGAGUGUGUAUGUUUAUGUGUGUUAAUUAAUACCAAUUUAAAUGAAAAGAUGGAUAAAUCUAAGGAGAGGUCCUGGUUAGGGCUUAUCAGGGGUGGUUUUGGGUUCUUAGGGUAGGUUAAGGAUGGUUAGGGUUGUGUUUAGAAUUUGAGAUAAUCUAAGCAACAUAAACAGCUUAGACAGAAAUGGUAUUUAAAAAAAAAAAUUUCUUAAAUAGUAUUUUCUUCGAAAUAUAGCUAUGGAAAAAACAACCUUCCCAUCAUAAGAAAUUGACUUUGCAAACACUAUGGCUACUAACUAUGCGAUGUUUAUUUUUUCUGCACUUAUUUGUGAGUAUUAUAUUGAAUUGAAUUUUAAAUAUAUGAAAUGCAAAGUAAAGAAUUUUUGCAAGUUUAAUAAAAAAAAAUACGUUUUUAGAUCAAAUGUAACUUGUUUUAUUGAUGUAUGUUAAGAUCACUAGACAACAAGACUUAAUGUAUACAUAUCAUAGUUUAUUCUAUUGAACGUAUAGUUUUAGAAGUAAUAUUCACAUUUAUAUUUUAAUAUGGUCUAAAAUAGUUAAUAUCAUAUAUUCUUAUUUAAUAGAAAUAUGUAUUUUCCAGAUUGCCACAGUACUCAAAAGAUUACAAUAAAAGACUUUAGUUACAAACACUCCAAUAAGUCAUGCACUAACGUUCUGAUCAACGAUAUUGACGUGGUUGAGUUCACAUGUCUAGUGGAUUAUUCCGAGGCACCUGAUGUAAACUACGUUAUUUUUCAAACAAAGAAGACAAACGAAACCCGAUUUAUUUUUGUAAGUCCCUUCUUUUGUUUUCCUUUGUUUUUAUUUGGAAUUUUAAUAUAUAUUGUACAGAAUACAACAAAUCUAGGAUUUAUAAGUUUAUAAAUUAAUCUUUAUAUUUUAUUUUAAUAUAACUUUAAUCAUCUUUAAUACAUCUUUACUACGCAAAAAAGUGGACUUUACAAAAAAGAAAAAUGCACAUCAUCCUGGAUUUCAUUUGUUAUUUUUCUGAAAAUACAUUUUGAUAUCUAAAACAUUUUUACUAUUCCCAAAUGCGAAACACAUGAUGAUAUGAGCUUAAUAUAAUAAGUUAUAUUUUUCUUUAAAAUGCCAAAAUAUAAAAAAAAAAUACAUGUUAUGAUAAUCAAUAUAAAGUGUGCUAAAAUAUAACAUACCUCUUGUUAUAUAUAAAGCAUCAAUAAUUUCCAGUAAAUAUUAGUGCUAUGUAUAGUAUAUUAACAAUUUUUUUCGACAUUUAUUUAUAUCUGCUUUAUUUCUAUACGUCGCAUGGAACUUCCCUUAAAAGGGUAUAUAUAUAUAUAUGUAUAUAGAUUUUUUAUGCUUUUAUUCUGGAACGUUCCACUGUUAUAAGGCUUUAAAGAUAAAUAACUUGUUCUUGUUUAUACUUAUAUUCAGUGUCAAUGAUUGUCCUCAACUGUUUUGAAAUAAGAUUAAACGGUAUCAUUUUUCAAGUUUCAAGAAAAUUUGUAAUAAUUGUAGGGGGUUUUACAAACAAUUUUCCUUAUAAUAUAUAAAGCUUUAUAAGAAGUCUUAGGUUACAAUACUUGCAUCUAAGACAAAGUUUCUUAAUCUCUUUGCAAAUAUUGGUGGAUUUAAUAUUUUGAAUAUCAACAUAAUAUUGUAAAGAAAAAGAACGGGAAAUUUGAACAAACAAAGAAACAUAUAUUAAAACGAUGUAUCUUUUGCUUUUACAACCAAUUUUGAAGAAGGUUCCUAUCAUCAACUGAUUUUAAUGGUCCACUUUAAAAAAAAAAAAAAAAAAGAUAUUUUUAUUCUUUAUUCAAUCUAUAUAAAAAAAAAAAAACAAAUAAUAAAACGUUUUAUCUUUUGCUUUUACAAACAAUUUUGAAGAAGGUUCCUAUCAACAACUGAUUUUAAUAGUCCACUUUAAAAAAAAAAAAAAAAAAAAGAUAUUUUUAUUCUUUAUUCAAUCUAUAUAACUCACAGCUGUAUAAUGUUAAAAAAUUGAGUUCUUUUGGUGACGGGUUCCCAAAAAGUAAAAGUUUUAAAAGGCGACAUCUUUGCAAAUUCUUUUUUCAUUUCAAAAUUAUAUGUUUGAAACAUUGAUUUGUGUGACGUGUAAAGUUCCCUAUGUUAGUUACAUUUAAAAUAUCACCUUUUGAAUGAUGCUCUUGUUUCAUAUUAAUUAAUACAUGGCAAUAGUUUUGGCAUACAUUUUUUUUUCUUUUUCAUUUUAGUUUUUAAAUUCAUAUAGGACAUUUUUUAACAGUUAUUUUUGGUCAAAUAAUUAUUAUUAUUUUCAUAACCUGAUAUAACUUUUCUAUUAUUUUAAUAAAUUACAUUCCGGUAAUUUGUUGUUGGAAGGUUGCACAGUAUCACAGUCGCCUGAAUCAAUAUUGCUUUGGCAUUCCAAAAAUGUUACAAAUACAUGGUUUUUAUUAUUAUUUCGUACUAACACAUUUUUAUAAUAUUUGCUGUGGGAGGUGAUAAUCACAAAUUUGAGGACUUGCCAAAACCAACAUUAAAUCAAAAUGUGAGUUGACUCAUUUUUAUGAGCAUACAAAUGUCUCAAAGACAUCAUUUGUUACAAUUGGAACUAUUUGAAUCAAUAUAAGAUUACACAUUUAAAUUACAUUAUUUCAAAUUGUACAUUACUUAUAAGCUCAUUAAAUACCAAAGACAAUAAUUUAUGUCUUAAAUGUCUUACUGAUAACUGAUUAUCACAAGGUAGUAUCACAAUGCCAAACCCUUUGCUCUAAAUUAAUUCCUGGACAGAAAAAAAUUGUCACCUGCACAAUCAGAUGCUUAGGGCGAGCUCCUGAAAAAUUAAGGUCUCACAUUCAGAAUUACGAUUUAAGAUUAAUUAAUGUAUGGCAGCCUUCCGUCUUCGUGAGACGAUGGAGUAGCUAUAUAGUUCCACACUUUGACGAGUGGCUCAAUCCUAGAAUGGCAAUCACGGCCGCAUCUCUCGCAGGAGAAAAUUGAAUGCGGUAAAUUCUUGAUUUCCGAAUUGUUCUUUUUGAUUCAAGCGCCUCGUUUCGAGUAUCUUCUGCCUUUAUUACUCCUUCAAACACCGUUGUUUGCCAGUUGCAGUUAUUUUCGGCAAUGAACUCCCAUUCGUUUGUUUCAAUAUUGUCUUCCCCCAUGCUUCGUUUGCAAACGUUAAUAAAUCUCAGGCGCGGUCGUCCAAUAUGUCUUAACCCUUCUGCCAACUCUGCAUACAGCAGAAUAUUUGGGAUGCGUCCUUCCUCCAUUCUCCGUACAUGACCUAACCGGCGAAGGCGCCUCUUGAUUAGAAAGGAAAAUAUGCUAAACAUGUGUGCACGUUCCAAAACCUCCACGUUAGACACCCUGUCCUGUAAACGAAUGCGCAGAAUGUGACGUAGACGUCUUUGAUGGAAACUGUUGAGUUUCCACUCCUGGCUGGAGUCCACACUUCACUACCUUUUAGGAGCGUGCUAAGCACGAAAGCCUGAUAGAUACUUAUUUUUGUUUCAUCAUUAGAUUGAGAUUAUUCCACACACGCUUAUUCAGUUUAGCCAUAGUUGCUGCUGCUUUUGCAAUCCUGAUAUUUAUCUCUUCAUCAACGGAGAGAGAACUAGAAAUAUUUGAUCCCAGGUAUGUGAAAUGAUCAACAACCAAAAUAUUAUAAUAAUAAUACCAUCUUAAUCAGGCAGUAUGUAUAUAUAUAUAUAUAUUAUAUAUAUAUAAAUAUAUAUAUAUCUGUAUGUAAAUUUGGACCCCUGGUCAGAAUUGCUGCCGAGAAAACUUAUAGAGGAAUGGGCAAAAAUUACUUUAUUUGAUAUACUUAAUGCAAAUCUGCCUUUUGUAGGAGAACUAAUUCAUUAACUAUAUUAGCAAAGAUUUUUGAGAAUGAAUAUAUAUAUUUAUAUAUAUACAUAUACAUAUAUAUUAUAUAUAUAUACAUAUAUUUAUAUAUUUAUGCAUAUAUAAUAUAUAUAUACCCCGAGUCGCUUAGUACUUAGCAUUCCUUUCUAUGUUGCAUGAUAGGAUUGAUGGACUUCAGUGGGUGUUGGGUGAGUUAACUGUCCAUGUAGGAAGAGUUGCGGAAUUAAAUAAUCUGUUUUUACUUAAAUAUUCCAUUACUCAUUAUAUUCUACAUUAUCAUAUCACACCGUUAUGUUUAUUAAGGUUGUCUUUAUAUGCGUUAAUAUUAGUGUUAAUAAAUGUGUAGUGGUAUUUGUGGUGGCUAAAAUAAAGAUAAAAAAAUGCACUGGUUAUCACUCUAUAAUACGUGAGCAUUUUAGUUAUUGUAUUAUAAACACACACAAAUAUAAACAAAAUAGGGUAAUGUAAUGAAUUAAUUUUUUGUUUUCAAUUUUUUUUCCAUCUAUUUUAAUAAUAACUCAUACAUAUAAGAAUGAGCUAGGUUCACAUAACGCUAAAAGGGAGAUAUGAUUUAAGUACGAUCGGAUUCCUACAAACAAUUAUAGCUAUUUUCUGUUAUUUUAUGGAAAUCGAAAAAAAUUUAAUGUGCAACAAAUAUUUUAAAUUCGCUUUUAUUUUAGUAAACGUUUUAGUAUUAUUAUUAUAAAUUACACAUACAUUUAAAGUAUCAACUGAGUAACUAUUUAAGCACUUUAUAUUUGUUUAAAAGUAAUGAAAAAUGUAAAAAAAUAAAAAAUCAUGAUCAAAGAAUUACACCGUAAUUACAUUUAUCGGGAAAAGCCAGACAUAAGGUCGUUUUAGUGCGUCUUUUAGUGCGUCUUUUAGUGCGUCGUUUAGUGUGUUAUUAACAUUGCGAAAUACAAUAUUAAAUUAAUUUGUUCUAAAUAAUUACGUAAAUGAUGUCAUAGCGCGAACAGCUUAUUUGUCCAAAACUUUUAGGUUUUUUUUAAAUUUAAUAACCUCGAGUGACAAAACUGAUACUGUAUUUUACCUUCUUAAAAGUAAAGUUAAUAAAUACAAUAGAUUGCUCUUAAAAUUGUUAAUACAACACACACACAUUUCUGCUGUGUAUAUUAACAUUUAAAAAAUGUGCCUUUUUUAUUUAAAAAAAUACAUUUAUUGAAAUUAUAACGUAAUAAAAAUAACCUUUACUAUAAUUAUAAUAAGAAAAUGCGUUUUAAGUCAAACAGUGCAGAGCAACUCCAUAGCCAAAUAGCAUUGACUAAUCAACUUAUAACUAAAACAAAAAAGAACGAACCAUAUGAAGGGCAAAUUAUUUUAGUUUGGCUAUGGAAGGGACUACAUUAACUACAAAAAUUUGUCUCCGGCGUACUGCUGCAUAGAUGGCUCAGCACCAGAAUGUCUCGUCGAACUUAUUUAUAAACAUGUACUUCUGAAGAGCUUGCGGUCUUCAACACAGUACUUAUUGAGUGUUCCUAAAUUGGAUAAACACAUAAAAAAGUCUUACGGAGUGCGCUCUUUUGAAGCGAUAGCGCAAAAAUUAUGGAACGGUUUGCCUCAAUCUUUGAGGCGAAUUGUAAAUGAUAAAAAAAAUCAUUUAAUAAACAAUUAAAAACUUUUUGUUUCAAUAGAUAUCGGAGGACCAGAGAGCAGUGAGCAUGCUAAAGUGUCAUGGAUACCAGCGCGAUAUAAAUAUCAAAUCAAUUCAAAUCAAACAAUCCGGUAGACGAUUGUUCUAAAUUUAUUUAAAUCUCGGUAGGGGAGGGGUUGGUUACUUUGACUUAGGCAGCACAAGAUACGUCUCAAAAGAAAGUAAUGAAUUUGAUAAAUAAUUAACCUUUUUGGGAAAUACAAUUAAGAGGUAGUAAUUGGGAGGUGUACUUUUUCACGUGGAUGACAAUAUAUUUAAAUCCUAUGGUAUUACAAUUGGGAAAAAAGAGAUGUUACAUUCUCUUUUUACAAAUAUGUGUAUGUUCCUUUUUUUCAAGGCAGAACAAGAUACGUCUCAAAAUAAAGGAAUGGUUUGAUAAAUAAUUAAUUUUUUGGGGUAAAUACAUGUCGGAAGUAGGAAAUAAGAUGUGUACAUUUUUACAUUGAUGACAACAUAGUUAACUCCUAUGGUAUUACAUAUGUGAAAAAAGAGAUGUUACUCUCUCUUUUUACAAAUAUACUUAUGUUUACCAAUUAAGAAGAUCAACGGUGUUAACAAAUCUUGGGUAAAUUUAUAUAAGUAUAACCAUGAAUAUCAAAACCCAAUCCUUUAACACACUUGAAAAAUUAAUUUAAAAAAAUAUGAAUUGGUUAAUAUUAAUUACUUUCAACAAAUUUAAAUACAUUUUUGUUUUAACUUUGCAAAAAGUAAAGAGAUUUGCAAUCUAUGAGAUUAAACAUUUAAAUUUAAAAAACAACGACAAGACUCAAACCUGUUAUAGAUGUGAAAAAAGGUUGCGCGAUUCUUCUAUAGAUAAAAUAAUUCUUUGUUUUACGAUUUUCUGAUCAUAUAUAUAUUUUUUUCAAAAAGGCAAAAAAAUGUGUUUAAUUUAUUUGCUGGAGAUAUCAAUAUAUAUCGAAUUUCUAUAACAUAAAAUAUUUUUAUAUCCUAUAUAGAAAUUUUAGUGUAAAUUUAAGGCAAAUUUUUAAAAACAAUUUUUAGGGAAAAAAAUUUGUAAUUCAAAGGCACGAAAAUGGGUAAAUCUAAAGUAUUUCUCUAACGUAGUAAUUUUCCUUCAAUUAAUUUCUUUAGUGUCCAAAGAGAUAUAAUUAGUAACAACUUAGACUGUGUAAUUUAAUGUCAUGUUUAGAGUGAGGAAAAAAGUAGUGUAAGCGCGUGAAAAGGAGUAGGGUAGGCCUAUAAUAUAUAGCAGAUAAUUUCUUCUCAAAACGUAAUGAAGUUAUAAACGUAAAUAUUAUUACAUGUUUAAAGUUAUGAAUUGUGACGAGUUUCUACAAUAGCAGUUAGAAAUUAUUGCAAUGGACCUACCAUUAUUAUCCCGAUAACAUCGGGUCAUUUAUUCUAGUUUCAUAUAAGUAAAAGCAUUUUAUAACACUUUUAAACUGUUUUCAUACUUAUAUGCUAUAGUUCAUAGUUGGAAAGGCUUUCGCCCGAGGUACGUUAACACGCCUAUAUAUCCUACAUACCAUAGCAUCGCGUGUACUCCCAGAAUCGUAAUGUGAUUAUCGCGCCGGUAGGUCAACCAUAGACAUGAUCUUCUCUCUGCGCCAGCUGCAGGAGAAAUGCAGAGAGCAACAUCUGCCGUUAUGCAUGGCGUUUUUCGACCUCACUAAGGCUUUUGAUCUUGUCAGCAGAAGCGGCCUGUUUUAGAUCCUCAAAAAGAUAGGCUGCCCUACACGACUGCUUAACAUAAUCAAGCAGUUCCACAAAAACAUGCAGGGCACAGUGUGCUAUAACGGAGCUGCCUCAGAAGCUUUUUAUUGGGUAGUGGAGUAAAGCAAGGUUGCGUGUUGGCUCCUACUUUAUUUUUCAAUCUUUUUCUUCAUCCUACUCCAGUAUGCCUUUAAGAACAACAACGAGGGGAUAUACAUCCACACUAGAGCUGACGGCUAAUUAUUCAACAUUGCCCGCCUUAGAGGUAAGAUUAAAACAAUUAUGGUCUUGCUGCGGGAGUUCUUGUUUGCAGACGAUGCAGCUUUGGUAUCUCACACAGCAGACGGCCCGCAGAGCCUCGUAUACAGCCUAUCCGCUGCCUGCAAAGAGUUUGGCCUGACAAUUAGCCUAAAGAAAACAAACAUUAUUGCACAGGGCGCUGACUCCCUCCACACUAUCGUUAUCGACGACUACGACUUGGAUCUUGUUGACAGAUUAACAUAUCUUGAAUCAAACAUAUCGAGCACACUCUCAAUGGAGGAUGAGAUAAGUGGAAGGAUAGGGAAGGCCGAAACUGUUAUGGCCAGACUGAAGAAAAGAGUCUGGUCAAACGCCACACUCACCACUAAAACUAAGCUGCAUGUGUACCAGGCCUGCGUACUGAGAACACCUCUGUAUGGAUGCAAGUGGUGGACCACAUACUCUAACCACGGAGUAAGGCUCAAUGGCUUCCACCUCAGAUGCCUGCGCCACAUCCUUGACAUUAAAUGGCCAGACAAAGUCCCCAACACGGAUGUCCUGUCCCAAACAAACAUGUGUAGCGUCGCAGCCAUGUUAAUCCAAAGACGCCUCCGCUGGCUUGGACACGUCCAGCGAAUGCAAUCUGAUCACAUACAAAAGGACGUGCUAUACAGUGAGCUUGCGACAGGAAAAAGGUCAGUUUGACUGUUUCGUCUGGGAUACUUAGACAUAUUCAAAAGAAGCAUGAAGUCGACAAACAUCGACAUCUCAAACUGGGAGGGCAUCGUGAAGGCAGGAUUACUCCAUGCGGAGGAGCAAAACAGGGCGGGAACAGCUGCAAAAAAAAAAAAAAAAGCUAGAUGGAAGGCCGUAAAUACUUCUCCACCACAUUCGUGUAUGGGAAAUGUAACAGAGACUGGCAUUCGAGUAUUGAUCUCACCAGCCACACCAAGAGCUAAUAUAUAUAUAUAUAUAUAUAUAUAUAUAUAUAUAUAUAUAUAUAUAUAUAUAUAUAUAUACAAAUAUAAGAAAGAGCUAAAGGGAGAUAUGAUUUAAGUACGUUCAGGUUCCUAAAAACAAUCAUAGUUAUUUACUAUUAUUCAACGGAAAUCGAAUAAAUUUAAAUGCGUACAAAAUAUUUUAUAUACGCUUUUAUUUUAGUUUAAGUUAUAGUUAUAUUUUUAAAAAAAAUACAAAUACAUUUAAAAUAUCAACUAAGAAACCAUUCUAAGCAUUUUUUAUGUGUUUGAAAGUUAUGAAAUUAUAAAAAAAAUAAAACAUGAUCAAAGAAUUAUACAGUAAUCACAUUUAUCGGAAAAACCCAAGCAUCAGUCGUUUUUAGUACGUAUUUUAGUGCGUUGUUAAUAUUGCGAAAUAAAAAUAAAAUUUAAGGCAGCAAAAGAUACGUCUCAAAUAAAGGAAUGAAUUUGAUCAAUAAUUAACCUUCUUGGGUACAUUCAUAUCGGAGGUAGGUAAUUGGAUGUGUACAUUUUUACGUGGAUGUCAAAAUAUUUAAAUCCUAUGGUAUUAAAUUUGUGAAAAACGAGAUCUUACAUUCUCUUUUUACAAAUAUGGAUACACUGUGUAUGUUCAUUUUGAUCAAGGCAGCGCAGGCUAAAUCUCAAAAUAAAGGAAUGAAUUCAAUCAAUAAAUAAUUUUCUUGUGUAAAUACAUGUCACAGGUGGGAUAUAAGAUGUGUAAAUACUUACGUGGAUGACAACAAAUUUAACACUUAUGGUAUUACAUUUGUGAAAAAAAUAUUGUGCUACAUUCUCUUUUUACAAAUAUUGGAAUGUUCAUUUUGCCUAAGGCAAUACAAAAUACGUCUCAAUAUAAAGGAAUUAAUUUGACUAAAAAUUAACCUUCUUGGGUACAUACAUGUCGGACAUAGGAAAAAGGAUGUGUACAUUUUUAUGUGGAUGACAAUAUAUUUAACUCCUGUGGUAUUACAUUUAUGAAAAAAGAGAUUUUAAAUUUAUUUUUUACAAAAAAAAAUAUAUUUACCAACUAAGAAAAUUUGAAAAUUAAAUUUUGACAAAUGACGAUGGGUUAAUAUUUUGUUGUUUUUUAAAGUGAAAAAAUAUAUAUAUAUUAUUUUUUUGCAAGAAGUAAAGAUGUAGACUUAUGUAUUUUUAUGAGAUUAACAAUUUCCUUUUUUUUUAAAGACAGUCAAUCUGAUAAAGGCGUAAAAAAUAGUUGCGAGAUUCAUCUUUGAUAAAAUAAUUCUUUGUUUUACGAUUUUCUGAUAAUGUAUACUUUUUUUAAAAAAGCAAAAAUGUGUUUAAAUUUUUUAUGAAGAUAUCAAUCUAUAUCGAAUUCAUUUAAUACAAAAUAUUUUUAUAUCGUAUAUAGAGUUUUGUUGUUUUUUGAGAUUAGUUUUUUUUUAAAUUUGAGAUAAAAAAGUAGUGAUUUAAGGGCAUAAAAAGAGUUAAAUCUAAAGUAUUUCUCUAGCUUAGUAUUUGUCCCUCCAUUAACUAUUUUAGUGACAAAAGUGAUAUAAUUAGUGAUAAUUUAGAUUGGGUAAUUUAAGGUCAUGUUUAGAAGGGGAAAAAAGUAGAUUAGGAGCGUGAAAGGGUGUAAGGUACGCGUAUCAUAUAUAGCAGAUAAACUCUUCUUAAAACGUAAUGAUGUUAGAAACGUAAAUAUCUUUAAAUUUUAAAAGUUAUGAAUGGGGAUUUUUUGCAAUAGCAGUUAGAAAUUAUCGCAAAGUACCUACCAUUAAUAUCACGAUAAAAUCGGGUCAUUUAUUGUAGUAUUUAAAUAAUGAAAAUAAUUGCAGUUGACGGAUUGCAAUAUUCAAGAAGGUUGUAAGGACUCCCAAACUGCACAUGGUAGACAGAUUGGCAAAGAUACCAUAGAGAUAACUGUCAGAGUUAUUGCAAAAUCAUCUUUAAGUGGAGCUAAAUUAAGAGGACUGCUUUACACACCAGACAAUAAGGCAACAACUUCUAGCGAGGUGAUAUUUCCAAACAUAAAAGGUAACGUGGAAGAUGUGUCUUGUUCUGUUUAAUGCGUUAUACCCCCACUACUAAGAAAGCAAAUCUCGAAAAAAAUGUGUUGGAAAAGCAUCAUCCCACGUCUAAUCUAACAUUGGUAUCCAAGAUUUUAGAGAAUUUUUUUUCUCCGCCAGCUCCUUAACCACCUCAUUCAGUUCGCUUUUUUUUAGCCUUCCCAGUCAGCAUACAAGGCACAUCACUCUACUGUUGCAGCCCUGUUGCGGGUUAAAAAAGACCCUCUGUCAUCUUGUGGUGAGGGCAAGUUAUCCAUUUUGUCGUUACUUGAUCAAUCGGCAGCGUUUGAUACGCUUGACCACGGCAUACUUCUCAAUAAUCUGCAAAAAACUAUCGGUUUGACCGAUACCAUCUGAGAUAACUCCGCUGGCAUCUGACAAAUAGGAUACAAUCAGUUAUCGCAAACGGCUUGACCUCGAAGCAAUCUAUUAUCAAAUUCAAUGUACCCAAGGGCUUGGUCCUAUGUCAGGUGCUUUUCACUAUGUACGUUAAGACCAUGAGUGCAGAGAUCAAGCAGUUUGAUAUGCUUCAGGAAUCCGUGCUACCGUCUCAGUUCCCUCAGCUUCUUAUUAUAACACAGAAGAGAGUGAAGUCAGUUAAGCACUGGAUAACCAUAAACAAUUUUAAAUUAAAAGAUGAAAAAACCGAUCUUAUCCCGAUUGCUAGCGCUCAAAAGCUAAAACCUGUAAAUAACACACCAUCACUUACUCUCUCAGGUACACAGAUUGAGUUUGCUCAAAAAAUGCAAAAGCUUGGUGUCUACUUAGACAGAACACUAACUAUGGAAAAUCACAUUAACAUGCUUUGUAAGGUGAUUUUAUUUAGAGAUGCGCAGUCAAUUCAGAACUUUUUUAAUGCUUGAUGCAACACAGAGGCUGGUGUCUGCAUUUGUGCUAUCAUGUAUGGACUACUCUAACUCUCUCAUUGUGGGUCUUGCAGCUACGCUCCUGGAUAUAAUUUUAAAAGCACAUAAUAAUGCGACUCACGUUGUUUUUCCAAAACGCAAAUUCUACCAUGCUAAAACACUUCUAAAAGAGUUGCAUUGGCUGCCAGCCCGCACUCUCAUAGAGUACACAAUUGCAACUCUGUGCUACCGCUGCUUGUAUGAAGUUGCACCGUCCUAUCUAAAAGCGCUCAUGACGCCUUAUUUACCCUUUAGACUACUCCACUCAUCUGAUAGUGGCAAACUCUCGAUACCACGUGUUCCUUUUGAGACUUAUGGUAGGCGCACCUUUGCAUUUGCUGGCUAACAAAUUUGGAGCACACUUCCUGUCGCUCUCAGAAACAGCCAGACACUGGAGUCUUUCAAAACCGAUUAGGAAGCACACCUUUUUCACAAAUACCUAAUCGGGUGAUGUUGUUUACCAUCUUUUCCAGCUAGAAAUUAUCUUCUAGAUGUAUAUUUUCAUGUAUUGUUUAUGGUUACAAGGGAUAAAAGUCUUAUAAUGUGUACGCUCGUAUGUGAUUUUUGUAUUGUUUUAUUUUGUAUUUCAAUGUAGUAAAAUAUUGAUGAUUUCAUUUCUAUUUAAUGUGGUUUACUAUGUACCACGAUUCGAGCCUUUGGGGAUAAAGCGUGAUUUUCAAAUAAACUUUAUUUUUAUUGAAUACUAAUAACCUUACUACUUUUUCAUUAUGUUUAAUGAAGGUAGACAAUUAUACUGAGCGUGUCUGCUGAAAAAAAAAACCUCACAAUUUAGGUAAAAUACAAUCGUCUUCUUUUAAACCUCACAAUUUAAGACAUCUGUUAAUCGCACAGUUGAACUGAUUAUUGUUUCAGAUCUCAACGACGCUGAAGGAAAACUUAUCAUCAAUGGUAACACAAUAACACAAUCAACACAGUGUCAAGAGGUUAUCACCCGACCAGAAUUAAACGUUCUUUUUGUGUGUGAAAGUCAAGUUUUACCUUGUUUGAUAGAAAUAUCAACUGAUGGUUCAAUUAAGAGAUGUCAAGGAAGAGGAAAUUGCACUUGGAAUAAAGAUUACCCUUCUCAAAGUGAAGUUUAUGUACUGAUUAAAUAUGCAGUUUGUAAUUUAAAUGGAAUCUCCAAGUCUGUUUCAUGCAGACUAAACUUUGGUAAGGACCAGACAAAAGAAAUUCUUUUUAUUAUUACUAUUAUUAAUAUUUAUCAUAUUAUUUUAUUGAUUAAAAUGUGAUAUUUAUUUUCAAUAUAAAGGAUUAUCUGAAAUGAUGCUUGAUAAAAAAAUAAAACAUUAAUUUUUUUUUAAGGACAAAAUUAUGCGUAGUAUGCUGCAUGAGUUAAAAUUAGCGGUAAUGAAAUAUUUGCAUCUUGAAAUCAUCCUUGCGUUUGUCAACGUUGCUUUGGUCGAACUGUCAAGUGUCUAUAGAAGUGAAAAGGAUUAUAUAUUUAGUAGAGUUAUUUUAAUUGGUUGUUUCAACAGGGUAAAAUCGCUUCACCCGUCUUUACACGUAUAGGAAAACGGUUAUUUAUUUAUUUUUUUAAGUUAUAAGAGCGAUUCAGAGAUAGAUUUUUUUAAAGGCAUCAAGUAACACAAUUCAUUAAAAGCACUAAGGAAUAAUCUGAUUAAAUAUGACUCAAACAUAGGGCUAAAAUUUCAGUCAACAACUGCUAAAAUGAACAUCAUUAACACCUCAGAAAAACGUGACAGUUAUUGCUAUUCACAGUUUACAAGCCCGUUAACGCGCUCGAGAUAAGCCAGUUUCAGUACUGUUAAUUUUGGCUACUACUGUAAUUCCACUUUUGGUCGUAUCGGUGGUGUGACAAAACACAACACGUGUGGUGUGUACAUGAGCAGGGAGGGAAAAACAUUACGACGUUAAUUUAAUGUUGCUUAAAAUGAUAUUUGCCAAAAUAUUUUAAAUAAAAAAACUUACUAAAACGCUAUUUAAUUAUAUUAAUAAAUAUCAUAUAUUUCAUUAAGUUUCUAAUCCAUAAGGAAGUCCAAACUAUGUUUGUAUAUUAAAUAGAAUAUUUCACCAACAACGUAAUUAAUGUGUUAUUUUAUGCAAAUUAAUAACCCAUGUGACAAUUAUCAAGAUGUUUGACGAAUGGCGAAUAUUAGGACGUAGUAAUGAUAAUUUAAGGAUAAAGGAAUCAUGUUCUUCUACACCAGGGGGACUCCAAACUUUUCAGCCCGAGUGCCGCAUUAACUAUCAAACAGCAGUUUGGGGGCCGACUACACACUCGAGGUCCAAAUAAAUAAGAAUGAAAACAUGGAUGUUGUUUUGAAUUAUCUAUUCAAUAACAUUUUAUUCAGUUAUUAUUUAAUAACACAUUGAUACACUACACAUGAACGCGCCUCUAUUUCAAUUCAGUAAAAACAUAGCGUGCAUGAAAGCAGCGGCAUAUCUUGGCAGGAUCUCCUCGGGCCCCAUUAGAGGGCAUAGCGUGCCGCACGCGGCCCUCGGGCCGUAGUUUGGAGUCUACACAAAAAAAAAAAAAAAUUAGAGUUAUAAUAAUUUCCAUUACAUUAAAAAGUUUCAAAUAUAAACUAUAUAUACGCGCCUCUAUUUCAAUUCAGUAAAAACAUAGCGUGCAUGAAAGCAGCGGCAUAUCUUGGCAGGAUCUCCUCGAGCCCCAUUAAAUAGCAUAUCGUGCCGCACGCGUCACUCGGGCCGUAGUUUGGAGUCUACACAAAAAAAAAAAAAAAAUAGAGUUAUAAUAAUUUCCAUUACAUUAAAAAGUUUCAAAUAUACACUAUAUAUAUAUAUAUAUAUAUAUAUAUAUAUAUUAUAUAUAUUUACAUAUAUAUAUAUACAUAUAUAUUGAAGUUAAGAUUGGGUCAAAUAAGACUGAACUGUAAUAACAACCGAUACCUCUAACAAAGUAUAUGUAUCUUAGCCCUAUCCACCCAAACAGUGUAUCUCCAGCUCAUUUUUUAUGCUUUGUUACACCUAGCAAUGACUAUUGUGUGUUUUCAAUGAUUCUGCCGUGACACAUGAUGGGAACCACUGUAAUAACUUUUAAUUUUAUUAAGACAAAUGUGUAACUACUAACACUGACUUGCAAAAAAAUAUUGUUUUCAAUGUAACACAAAUAACCUGAAGAGGGUUUAAUACUUUAUUAUUACUCUCCAAGAAUACAAUUCAACUGCUAAUGAAAAUGACGGGAGCAACAAUCCAAUCCGAUCAGGGCUAUAUAUCAUUGCCGUGAUGAUGGUGAUAAUACUGUGCCUGUAA